AGAGGACAUCUGAAUGGCUAAUUGGCUGUUUGGUCUGCAGGACCUUCUGGAUAUACUUUUUCUUUUAAAAAGUAUAACUAUGCUGCUUCUUAACCGACUCCACAACCAAAAUACAAGUUGCAGAAGAAAUUUAUAUGCCUUGUUUGGUCUCUCCAACUACCAAACACCUUUUGUCUAGUUCUCCUUUUCUUUUUCAAGAUUUUCACAUUUGAUGAAGUAAAACUACUUCAUUGGUAAUUUGACAGCCUAAAAAGUGAACUUUUGAAGAUUGGCGCUGCAAAAUUUAUUGCUGUAAAGGUGAGAAAGUAUCUAGAGGAGCACUUUUACUUACGAAUAGUAUAUUGAAUCAUGGCUGAGGAGUAAAGCAAAGAUCUCUAAAAUGAUAUUCUUACACUUGAAGUGUGGUCUUGUAGAAAAUGAAACACCUUUAUCUACUUCCAAGCCAAGCCAUAUAACCCCACUAAAUCCUCCAUUUUCAGCACUAAUACAUACAUAUAAAUUAAUACUCUAUGGUCUCCCUUGAUUUAUGUGAAUCUAGAAAUACAGAAAAAAAUACCAGAACCCCCUAAAUCAUGGCUAAGAUACUCCUCUGCUUGUUUCUUGUUUUGCUAAUGGCGGCUCAUGGAGCUGCAAAAACCGAUUUAUCAGAUGAAGUCUUCCUGUCAGAGUUUGGGGAUCUGGAUGUUGAAGACGGUGAUGAAGCCGAGUUUGAGGAUUUGGAUCGUGGCAACAAGAUUCUUGUCAAUGUGGAUAGCUUUGGUGCAGUUGGUGAUGGGGCUUCAGAUGACACGAAGGCUUUCGUUGAUGCGUGGAAACAAGCUUGUUCAACACGAAAAUCAGUCUUCUUGGUCCCUGCAGGACACAGUUAUCUAGUAAAUGCAACAAGGUUCCGAGGGCCUUGUGUGGGCAGAUUGAGAGUCCAGAUUGAAGGAACUAUAGUAGCACCAGGUGAUCCUAACAACUGGGAUUUUACAAAGAAUGGACGAAUUUGGCUUGGCUUCUUUAACUUGACAGGAGUUACUUUGCAAGGAGGAGGAUUUAUUGAUGGGUCUGGCAGCAAAUGGUGGGCAGCUUCCUGCAAGAAGAACAAGACUAAUCCUUGCAGAGCAGCACCUACUGCAUUAACUAUAUACGGGAGCUCAAGUAUAAAGGUGAAGGGCCUAACAAUCCAAAAUGGCCAACAGAUGAAUUUCGUCAUUUCUCGAUCAGAGUCCAUACGUAUAACUGGUGUUACGGUUUCUGCUCCUGAAGACAGUCCUAAUACUGAUGGAAUCCAUAUAACUGAAUCUACAAAUGUUGUACUCCAGAAUUCCAAAAUUGGAACAGGUGAUGAUUGUGUCUCUAUUGUCAAUGCUAGUUCCAAUAUCAAGAUGAAGAGAAUUUACUGUGGACCUGGCCACGGAAUAAGCAUCGGGAGCCUUGGUAAGGACAACUCUGUUGGUAUAGUUACUGGGGUUGUACUUGAUAAUGCAUUUCUCAGAGGUACCACAAAUGGUCUGCGGAUCAAGACAUGGCAGGGAGGAUCAGGUUAUGUGCGUGGAGUGCGCUUCCAAAAUGUAAUGAUGCAAGAUGUUUCCAAUCCUAUCAUCAUUGACCAAUUCUAUUGUGAUUCACCAAAGUCUUGCCAGAACCAGACAUCUGCAGUCGAGAUAAGUGAGAUAGUUUACCGGAAUGUUAGUGGUACUUCAAAGAGCAAAAAUGUAAUCAAAUUUGCAUGUAGCGACAACGUGCCUUGCAGCCACAUUGUUCUGAACAACAUCAACUUAGAGACCAGAGAUGGUACUGCUGAGGUCUACUGCAACUCUGCCACAGGGAUCAGUUAUGGUUAUAAUCAUCCAUCCGCAGAGUGUCUCAACUCCGACGACAAGGAAAUUAAGCAGAAAAUGGAAUCAAGGGAAGAAUACAUCGUUCAUACUGAGCUAUGAAUUGCCUUCCACAUGCCAUCAUCACUCCAACCUGACGAUUUAUUGUAGCAGAUAUUUUUAAUACACAUCUCGUAGUUUAGUGCUUACUGAUUUGAGUAAUCUCAGAUUCUGAGAUUUCUAACUAGAUAAGAUAACAGCUAUGUACUGUUCUACAGGGAUUCAUUAAAAAUAUUUAUAAAUACGAAUAUAUUUUAUACUUAAUUUUUUU